CAUAUUUUGCGAUAACUUUUAUACAAACAUAUCAUCGAAUCGCUGACACGUUUGGUAAUAGUAUUAGUGAACGAUAUUGUUAUGUAAAUGAUAUCAAAGUUAAAGUUAUCAUCAAUUUUGUGGUCAACUUUCAGAUUCAAACAACACAUCCAAAGACAUUCAAAGACAUUGACUAACGUUUGUUGGCCACCAAUGGAUGAAAUAAUUACUGAAAUCAAUGCCAAUCACAUCCAGAUAUCGAACAAAAUUACCGAUUUAGAGGCCAAGAUUGCGGCCAAAGAAGCGGAUAAUGUAUUGAAACCACAGAAACAGGUCAUCACUGAAGAACAGAUCCAACGAGAGAGACAACGACUGAUCAAUGAAAACAAUGGUUUGAAAGAAGAAGUGCAACGAUUGGUCACAGAAUUAAAUGAAUUGGARGCCAAACGCGAUCCCAAUUUAACAGAUGUUUUUAAAACAUCAAACACUAACUCAACAAAUAAUUCAGAGAUCAAUCAAACGACUGUAUCAACCAAUGAGACAACGACUACAAAGACAAGUGAUGAUCAAAAACAACCGCAAAAGUCGGAGAAGAAACCGAAGAAAGAGCCAAAAACUAAUGCAAACAAACCUAAGGAGUCAUCCGAUGAUAAUAAACCUCUUGACGUUUCGAGACUUGAUCUAAGAGUUGGCCGUAUAUUAACCGCAAAAAAACAUCCCGACGCCGAUGCGCUAUAUCUGGAAGAGAUUGAUUGCGGUGAGGAAAAGCCUCGAACAGUUGUGUCCGGUUUAGUACGUUUCGUGCCAUUAGAAGAAAUGCAGAACCGAUUGGUAAUAGUCUUAUGUAAUCUUAAACCGGCAAAAAUGCGUGGAAUCACUUCCGAAGCUAUGGUAAUGUGUGCCUCGACUCCCGAAGCCGUAGAAAUAUUGUCUCCUCCCGAAGGAUCGGUUCCGGGAGAUCGUGUGGUCUUUGAUAAAUAUCCCGGAACACCUGAUUCACAAUUAAAUCCGAAAAAGAAAAUCUGGGAACAGAUCGCACCCGACUUGAAGACCAACUCUGAAUGUGUGGCCACUUAUAAGGACGAACCGUUCAAAAUUGAGUCCAAAGGUUUAAUUACUUCCAAAUCGUUGGCCAACGUAGCGGUCAAAUAAUAUCUACAGUUUGUAUAACCUUUUUGCCGGUCCAUAAAUUAUUAUGUAUAAUGAAUGCAUCUAUA